AUGAUGGGUGGCCAGUGUGGAUGGCUCGCAAGCGAGCUUCAAGCGGGAAAAUCGUGCGGCUGGAGCAAGUCUGCGGCUGACGCGAUGUUGCUUGAAGCGCUAUGGGCUGGAAUGAUCUUGUUUCUGAGUAUCGGGUGCAGUUAUGGGCUUAGCAUGAACGAAGCGCCCACAUUUGCUUUCUCCUGGUGCUUCCUCCCCCGGGACGUGAUGAGCGUGCUUGCAGUCCUCACAGCAUGUGCCGUGUUUUCCUAUGCAGCUUCCUGCUCUCCUGAAGGCAAAGCAGGCGUCCAGAAUGGCAGCCCGUUGAACGAAUCCACAAGAGCAGAAGCACAGAGUCAGACCUGCAAGGGUGCAGUCGUCAGUUUGCUCACCACUUGCAAUGUGACACUUUCCUCGUUCCCUGAGCGAAGUUUCCUUCACAAUCCGAUGGAGGCGAAGAUCCAUCAUUCCAAGGAGGCGAAGUCUCGCAAAGGAAUUCCAGUACAGCACACCAGUGUCAAGAGCGAUGCGUGCGAAUCGGUAAAGUCGGUGACGACUGGAGAUUGCUGGGUGUUGGUGGAGUACCCGAGUACUGCCAAGGAAGAGAGCCUCAGCACGCAGGUGGGCGAUCGCAGUUUGAUUCACGAAGGUGCAACCAUCGAAGUCGAGGAUUGGGUCGAUGUGAGCUCGGCAGAUGGCUUGAGCGUCGACGAGGAGAACUGGGUUGAUUUGAGUCGUGAAGAUGGCUGGAUUCACGUGAGCCCUGACACAGAGGAUGACGGAUGGAUGAUUCUCGGCCUGUAG